CAUGCGCUGCUUGGAAAAGCGUGUGUCAAACGUGUGCGACACGGAGCUGCAGUUCAUCCAAACGCAGAUAGACACUCAGGCACAAAAGAUGGCUGAAGAACAAGAAAUGUCUCCCUUGGAAAAGAAGGUGGCUGAACAAAUAGAGUAUUAUUUUGGAGACCACAAUCUCCCACGAGACAAGUUUCUAAAGGAACAGAUACAGCUGGAUGAUGGCUGGGUUACUCUGGAGACAAUGCUCAAGUUUAACAGGCUAAAAAGUUUGACCACAGAGGCUGCGGUUAUUGUCGAGUCUUUAAAAAAAUCGAAAACGGGGCUGUUGGAAAUCAGCGAGGAUCAAACCAAGAUCAGACGAAGCCCAAGCAAACCCCUGCCCGAUUACAACGAAGAGUAUAAAGAUGCCCUUAAACACAAAUCUAUAUACAUGAAAGGCUUUCCUUUGGACACGACGCUGGACGACAUUAAAGACUGGCUCUCUGAUAAAGGACAGGUGGAGAACAUUCACAUGAGGAAAGGGCCACAGAAAACGUUUAAAGGCUCCAUAUUUGCAGUCUUGGAAUCAGAGGACGCAGCGAAGGCCUUCGUUGCAAGAGACGAUGUCAAACAGUUCAAAGGGAACGACAUGAUCGUUCUCAUCAAAGAGGAAUAUUUUGCUAAGAAAGCGGAGGAGAGAAAGCAGGGUCGCGCAGACGCCAAGGCCAAAGCCAGGAGUGAAAAGGAAGAGCAGCAGAAACAGGCUGAGAUGGAGGAAAUGAAAUCUCUGGAUGAGCAGAGAGGCUGUGUCCUGAAGUUCUCAGGAGAACUGAAUCAAGUGUCUCGAGAGGAUUUUCACAAGGUCUUCGCUGAGCACGCUCAGAUCAAAUGGAUCGACUUUACCAGAGGAGCUAAAGAGGGCACUAUUCUGUUCCGCUCAGACGCGAAGGCAGCCCUGCAGAACGCGCAGGAAGCAGCCGGAGACUCCGGGCUGAAGAUUAAAGAUGAAGUCGUUCAGUGGGAAGUGCUGGCGGGAGACGCCGAGCUGGAGACCCUGAAAAAGAUCAUCGAGAGCCAGCAGGAAUCGCUCAACAAACGCAAAGGAGGAAGAGGAGGUCACAGGGGUCGCGGCCGAGGCCGGGGUGGACGGAGGGACAGAGGAGGACGAGAGCAGACACAUUUCCAGGGCAAGAAGACUAAAUUCGACAGUGAUGAUGAAGCCGAUGAUGGCGAGGAUGCAGAACCCGCAGCACCAAAGAAGCGAGCCCUGGAGUCCAACGGCACAGACGCUGAGGCUCCAGCCUCCAAGCAGGCGAAGGAGGAGAACGGUUCCUAAUCGCAGAGCUGCAACGCAGCUUCCUUCACAUGUACUGUAAAUAUUCCCCACAGUUGCAAACAGAUAGCUGAGAAAAAUGUCCACCGUGCCUGCUCACCCACAAGUGUCCCGUCUCGUCCUGGACCGAGCUCUUGGCUAAACGUUUUCAUUUUGUCUCUGAAGGCGCGUAAUGGCGAAACGUUCCCUCGAAUUUAAUCAGCCAAUCACAAACAUGAUCACACAACACUGUUCAACGUUUUCUAGAGUCAAUAUAAAACCAUGGCAUUGCAUUUAAUAAUGACACCGUGAGUUCGGCUAACCGUAGAGCUAGCGUUAAACUUAAUGCUUAUUAUUUAUCUGAUUAACAUUAGUCAACUUGCUUUAUAUGCUCAUGAAUGUUUAUCAGAAGGUAGUGGUGCAGACCUGGUGCACCAGCUUGUGUAGGAAGUGUUAACGUAGACCUUGUAGUUAGUGCGUGUGUACGUAGUUUACAGCGCUCAAGGUUUUUAAUUCUGUUAAAGACUUCUUUUUUUUUUUUUUUUUUUUUAUAAAGGGCAUUCAGGUUAAACUGGGACUUUUGAUUUUGCAGAAUAAUCGUUUUCAUCUUAACAGUUAAGAGUAAAACUACCUUCAUUUCUCUGUAUAAUCCCCAGCUACAUUAAUGCACUAAUGGAUACCAUAAAGGUAGGACAGUCUUCCAGUACGCCGAAGCCAUGUUCAGACUGCCUACUUCACAUCAGAAACACUAGCCUCUCAGGAAUUUCUUUAACAGCCCAAACAUGUGGAAAUGGCUUGGAGCGGGGUCCGGACUGUAUGGGGGAUGUGAUGAUAACUCGCAGCUAAAUUCCUGUAACAUGCAAAUGGUGUUGGUUAAUGAUUGUGUGUGUAGUUCACGCACAAAUGUCUCACAAGUCCCUGUUUGGCUUGAACAUCUAUCGUGGUUAAUAUUUGGCAGUUGAUGUGAUCAGGUUUGUGAUUGGUUGAUGAACUGUAGGACCCUGAUGGCAAGGGCUUGUGCUUGGAUUCCAUUUUCAUCCGCCGAU